UACAAUUACGGUGCGACAGGAAGAACAGGAAUAUUAAAGAGGGGAUUUGGAGAGAUGGGGACCGCUUGGUUUGCGGUUUUUGGCGCUUUAGUCAUCGUUUUUCAGGUCUCAUCACCAGAAAUAGCUGCGAGGUCGACAUGUGUGCCUGGAUUUGAGUCAGAGCUGUUGAUUUUCAGAGUGUGCAGGGAACAUCUGAGGACGGGCAUGAGACUGGGCAGAGUGGGCUUCACUGACUGCACAAACCGCACAAUAUUUCUUUUCGGCACUGAUGACAAUCGCUUUGGUGUAAAGGCAGAUGGUGUAUUAAUGGUAAACAGAGAAGUUGUUCUUUAUAAUGGACACCAGAAUUUCUUCAUCCACUCAUGGGACUCUCAAGGUCAGAAAAUAACCGUUCCAACCAGGGUAGUUCAUUAUGAGCAUCACCAUGGACACCAUCAUGGUCAUCAAUGUGGAAAGCACCACAAUGGAGACCACAUAGAAUACAGUCAUCAGCAUCACAGUACUGAAGUGAAGUCUGCUGACCACACAGAGAAUGCCACUGAUCCACAAGCGCAUGUUCUUCAAUUCCCCAAGUCUGUUGGAGGACUGAGGAGGAGGAAGAGAGACUGGGUUAUUCCUCCUCUCAAUGUUCCUGAGAAUCAGAGAGGAACCUAUCCCCUAAAAGUAGCUCGGAUCCGCUCCAAUGAAGAUAAAACAAGGAAGGUCUUUUACAACAUCACUGGUCCAGGAGCUGAUCUGCCUCCUGUUGGUCGUUUCAGAAUGGACAGAGAGACUGGAAAUCUGUAUGUAACACAGCCACUCGACAGAGAGGAAACAGCCGAAUAUCUAUUUGAAGCACAUGCUGUGGCUGACGGAGCAGGACAAGCUGAGGCUCCUAUGGAGAUUAUAGUACGUGUGAUCGACCAGAACGACAACAAACCUUAUUUUACGACAGACUACAAAGAAAAUGUUGCUGAGGCCACGGCCAUCGGGACUGAGGUGGUUAGGGUUGAGGCCAAAGAUGACGAUGAGCCAGGUACUGACAACUCAGAGCUCCGCUAUCGUAUUCUGAACCAGGACCCACCGCUGCCCACUGACAACAUGUUUGAAAUCAACCCAAUUACUGGAAGCAUCAGAAUCACUGGUAGAGGACUGGAUAGAGAGAAAUAUCCACAGUACACUCUGACAGUACAAGCAGCAGAUAUGGCAGGAGAAGGGUUAUCCGGACAAACAAAAGUCAUCCUCACGGUGACGGACAGCAAUGACAACAUUCCAGUCUUCACUCAGAAAUCU